AUGCCUGCCUGCAGCAGCUGCUGGAACGAGGUUUUCCAGUAUGAGACAAACAAAGUCACUCAGAUCCAGAGCACCAAUUAUGGCACCAUUAAGUGGUUCCUGCAUAUGAUCGUUCUUUUCUACAUUAGCUUCGCGCUGCUGAGCGACAAGCUGUACCAGCAGAAGGAGCCGGUCAUCAGCUCGGUGAACGCCAAGGUGAAGGGCGUCGCGGAGGUGGCGGGCGGAGCCGGGGGGUUGGCGGCGGGCAGCAUCUUCGACGCGGCCGAUUACACCUUCCCCCCACAGGGGAACUCCUUCUUCGUGAUGACAAACUUCCUCAAGACCGAAGGCCAGCAGCAGAAGCUGUGCCCCGAGUACCCCACCCGCAGAACGGUCUGCUCCUCUGAUCGGGGCUGUAAAAAGGGAUGGACAGACCCUCUAGGCAAAGGAAUCCAGACUGGCAAGUGCAUCUCCUUCAACGCGACCCACAAGACCUGCGAGGUCUGGGCCUGGUGCCCGGCCGAGGCAGUCGAGGAGGCCCCGCGGCCUGCACUUUUGAGCAGCGCUGAAAACUUCACGGUGCUCAUCAAGAACAACAUAGGCUUCCCUGGCCACAACUACACCACGAGGAACAUCCUGCCAGAUCUGAAUGUCUCCUGUACCUUCCACAAGACUCAGAAUCCACAGUGCCCCAUUUUCCGACUGGGAGACAUCCUUCGGGAGGCGGGAGAGAACUUUUCAGAGGUGGCAAUUCAGGGAGGAAUCAUGGGCAUCGAGAUCUACUGGGACUGCAACCUAGACCAGUGGAGCCAUCACUGCCGCCCCAAGUACAGCUUCCGCCGCCUGGACAACAAGACCACCAACGAGUCCUUGAUCCCGGGCUACAACUUCAGAUUUGCCAAGUACUACAGGGAAAACAAUGUGGAAUAUCGGACUCUGAUCAAAGUCUUCGGGAUCCGUUUUGACAUCCUGGUUUUCGGCACUGGAGGGAAAUUUGACAUCAUCCAGCUGGUGGUGUACAUCGGAUCCACCCUCUCCUACUUUGGUCUGGCCACAGUGUUCAUUGACUUUCUCAUCAAGACCUACUCAAACAGCCUCUGUCAGACCUGCGUUUAUUCCUUUUGCAAGUGCUGCAAACCCUGCAUGGUCAACGAAUACUAUUACAGGAAGAAGUUCGAGUUCAUUGUGGAACCAAGCCCGACGCUGAAGUACGUGUCCUUCGUGGACGAGCCUCACAUCCGAAUGGUGGACCAGAAGCUGCUCGGGAAAAGCCUGCAGGACGCCAAGGGCCGGCCGGUCCCGAGACCCGAGGCGGACUUCACGGCGCUGUCCGCGCUGCCCCUCCCGGACCUGGACCCGGACUCGCAGCCCGGCUGCAUGGGUGCAGCUUUAUGA